AUGGCUGGAGAUGGCUCGGUGAUUACUCGGAAACAUAAGAUGACCGUUGACGAAGCAUGCCAGAUUUUGAACAUCAAGAAUGUACCGUUCUCCGAGGGCCCCAGCCAACCCGUAGUUUCCGAAGAACUGGCCAACAUGCUCAAAGCAUAUGAACGAAUGUACCAAACAAACGAGAAGACAAGCAAAUAUCUGUUGAGCAAGGUCGUUAGGGCAAAGGACCGGAUCUCCGCUGAAGUCGAAUUCCUGUCCGCCGAAUCCGCUCCCGAGGUGCUGCUGACAAUCCCUCCGUCUCCAGCCCGGCUGACCACUGUCGAUUUUCCUCGGCCGGUGUGCGCGACUGACUCGCUGCCCGUACACGUUGUCGUCGACGAUGGCUGGCAACAACUCUCCUUCAAGCUGCCCACGAUCCUCCACGCUGCUGCCUCAGACACGAACUGCUCACGACUUGCUUCCUCCACCUGCAUCCAUCUCGUAUCCGUUCAGCGACCGAACACAUUGACCGUUUCUCGUAAAAUAAUACCCGAUCUGAACCGCUUGGGUCUUACUCUCUUGCGGCUUCAUCGAGUGGUUCUCAAGACCGUCACUCGUACAGCGGGCCUUGAGCACAACCAUACCCUGGAUCAAGAGUGCCGUGCGCUGAAUCUAGGAAACUUACGAGACGUCCAGGAGGAAAACAUUGCCCCUCUCACUGCCUCCCCCGCGGCUACCUCGGUGCCCCAGGUGGUUAAAUUUCUUGAUGGGAGCGGGCCCUUCACAGUCCUUGGCGAUGUGAUUCUCACUGCCCCGAUCCCGGCACAAACUGCCUCGGCGGUAAUCAGCUCAGCGCCAUCGCCUGCCGCAACUAAUGUCCCUGCCGCCCCGAUCCCAUCAGUAAUUCUUGUCACCACUGUUGUCGUCGCUCCACCGAACCCCAACACCACCACUACCCAGACCUCGCCCGGCAACUCAAACAGUCCAGCGUAUAAUCCGCUUGCGCUGGGCUUCGUCUUGUUGCUUGCCAUUCUCAUCAUCCUCAUCUUAGCCGCAACCAUCAUCCUCCUCAGACGCCAACGGAGACGUCGAAAACAUGUGGGUAUCGUUGACAGGUACGACGCUACUCCGCAAGAAAUCCACUAUGAGUUCAACUCCCGUCUCUAUCCCCAGCACCAUCAUGGCAGUCAAACCCAGGCUCAUUAUUUACGCCACUCUCAUGAGCACGACACGCCUGUCGUAACUCGUGAACAUGAGCACGCCUGCCUGGAUGCUGACAGGAAGGAAAAGGAGAUGCCAGCCUUGCAAACCGAGUUUCUCCUUACUCCUCAACGCCAGCCUGCCCCGGCUGGUAGCAAGUGGACGCGAUGGAAGAAGUUGGUCCCAAAGAUUUUCGCAGGGAAGAAUCAUCACCCAGCCCAUCCUGAAUACACCCAGCCCCUGCCAAAAACCACUCCGAUCUAUGUCAACCCGUAUCACGACCCUUCCGUGAAUACUGGCACCGGGGAACGUGUAUCCAGAUGGCGCAUGGCUUGCGACUCGCUCUCCUCCUCCGCUCUCAGACUUCCUUCAACUAUCACGAGCUACAGGAACGAGCUCCCUGUGAAGAAGGACCUGUUUGAGCAAGAAACCCCAGUCAAGGACCAAGGGCCUCCCAAUGAUCCCAAAUCAGCCAUCUCCGCAAUCCAGCGCGGUGAAGCCAAGCUCCCGGCAGCACUCAAGCAGAAGAAGUCGAUCAUCCCCCCCGGCUUAUUCAAAUCGCAGGGCCACCCAUCUCGCUCGUUCGGGACUCGGACGAAGUCUAGUCGGGGGAGCGGCAAAGGGAGCAACCAGAAAAGAUAUUCCGAUGCCUCUCCACCCCUGCUGGUCGCCGAAUGUGAGGAUGAAGGAUCGGCUAGCGAGGUGACUGAUCCAGGGGAUUCUCCCCUAGAUUUCAUCACUAUCCCCUUGCGCAGCCCACCCAGAUGUCGGAGAGGCACGCCUUCAUCCUCAGCGGCUAUCACCGGCAUAGAUAACUCAAUCGACUCCAUCGGCUGCCCGCGUUCGUUACCUCCCUCAAGCCCAAGUGUUCCCUUACCGUCCUCGGCCAAGAGAGUCAGGCCCAAGAAAAACAGUCUCCCCGCGUUCCCUCAGCCUCCCAUCCUGAGCCAAAUGAGCACCACUCACUCUGCCGACGAUCUCGCUCCAGUCCUCAGACGAGUGCCUUGCUCAAGUAGCCCGGCUCUCUUACCCUCGCUCCCGAUCACCCGACCACUCGUUCCAAAGAAACGAAACGAUAGUUCGCCCUCGAAAAGUCCCAGUCAUCCUCGAUCUCGCAUGAAUAGUCACAGUCCUAUCAUUGGAUCUAGCUUGGAUGCCGACUCAGGCCACGAAGUGCACAGGUAUGAUAGAACAGGCGCCUCGAAAGAUGGGGUGAUGCCAUCUUCGUCAUCGAAUGAGUGCCCGGAUUAUCCUCAGGACCCUUCCGUGUUCACCUCUGACGUCGUCCCGCUCUCCAAUCCUGGGGGGCCUAAUCCGACAAAGACUGGCAGUCAGGAGACUCACAAUUCUUCUGCAACCGAGGAAGACAUCGUCUUUCAUGGUUACGUCGGCUCAGGCUCGAUUGGCAAUACGGGUGGAGUGAGUGAACUGGGGAUUCUAGAGACCAGUAUGCAUGCAGCAGACCAGUCACUGGGCCCGGAAAUCGAAACAGACGGCGGAUUCCCUAGAUCAGUCCAUCAAUACUCGGCGGGGAAAUCGCGCGAGGAGUCGAUGCAACUGAUUGAUGGCGACGAGUUUUCGUACACAUCGGCCGAUCUGUUCUAUGUGAAGCCGCAGGCUGGACACCCUUCGGGCAGUCGAUGGGAUGACCGAAGCCACGAUCCCAGCCCCCCGAAAUAUCAGCCUUUGAAAGCCCACCCUUCUACCUCCAAGUCCUAUCUGAAAGACAUCACUGAAGAAUCGAGCAGCAGGAUUUCGUACGGGAACGAGAGGCGGCUAGGAGUUGUAUCCAAGAAUUUCACCGAGAGUGAUCGACGCAACGAACGAGUGAACGAGCUCCGAAACAGCCAUAGAUCACAGCUGUCAGCUCGAGUCCCUUCAAGCAUUUAUUCGACCGAUCCCGGCGAGAUCGCCCGGCGGGCCAGUCGUAGAAGCGUAUCGAGCUCAGUUCUCGGAAGUAUUUUCUCGCUCGGAAAGGGUCGUCGAUGUGUUUCUUACCCCGCUGGACUCCUCAAUGAUGGAGAGUCGGGCAGGAACAUCGAUAUCGAGCCGAUCUUGAACGACGCCCGAUCCCCACUCCAGCGGAUCGCGGAGAAGGGCCGCCACCCUGCGGGCUCGAGCGAGGACGCCGCGGCGGGGGAAGCCGAUGAAGCCGAGCACGGGAGGGUGUAUAGGAAGCGGUCUUCGGGGGAGGACGAGCGCUCGGAAGGGGAAGACGACGAGGAGGCCGACGAGAGCUGCAGGCUGCUGUUCGCCCGCCCCGCGCUGAGCUCCCGGUGUUCCAGAGCUACCCUUGGACAACGCUUGGUUUCGAUCAGAACAACCGAGCAGGCGCCGGACACCAGCAGCUAUCAUGCCCCCGUUCACAAUUCCUCGGCCGUCCUAAGUGACCAAGCCAACCGAUCUCACGGAAGCUCCACCAACCAUUCUUUGCUGUAG